AUGUCGACACAACUUUUCAUCAUAGCGAGCUUUCGACGCUUCCGUGAUUUGACUGUGCGUGUGGACUGGCUCUCGGACGACACCCCGAACAUACGUGUGCUCCUGUACGGGUACGACACGAAGCUGCUGCAGAGCAACGCCAAGUCGUCCGUGGAGGAUUUGGGACGGCGUUUUCUAGAAAGCUUGACUGCGUUCCGCACGAGCGACAAGGCACUGAUCCACGCCGCCAGAAGCCCUGCUAGUCGUCCGACCCACCGCCUCUCGCACGUCUGCUGCGGACUGCUGUUUUUUGGGGUGCCCCAGCUGGGACUGUGGAACGGGAAACUCGCUUCUGUGGUAGAAGGGCAGCCCAGCGAGGCUCUUAUCCGCGCUCUGGUCGUGGACGACGAGUCUGAGCCCUCGGACUUCCUCGCCCGCAUGUCGGACGACUUUGCCCGGUGUUUCCAAGGGCGGCUGCGCGUUGUCUCCUUCUACGAGCGCAGGCUGAGCGCGACUGUUGAAAUGCAACCCGACGGCGCGCUGCGGAAGUCGGGACCGCCCGUUCUGAUGGUGACGAGGAAGUCGGCGACGAGUACCGGCCUGACCGUGGUGCCCGACGAAGACAUCGUUCCUUUGGAUGCAGAUCACUCAGGGCUCGUCAAGUUUGAGUCCCGGCGAGACGAUGCCUAUGUUGUUGUGAAAGAGCGGAUCAACAGUCUUGUGUCUGGUGCUGCUUGGACCGAAGACCCUCCAUCGGCCCCGGCGUCUCAGCGAGGUAGUCGGGUCGUUGCCACCCAGAACGGCUCUGCUUUUGGCGGGCAAUACACGAUCAAUGGAGGCAGUCUGUCGCAGGGAAACGUGAUGAGCAUCUGAAAGCAUUUGGUGCGAAUGAUGGGGCUGAGGCGGUCGGAAUGGUGGGUGUCGGAAAGCGGGCAUGUUGACCUACGAACAGCAGAAGAGGGGCCUUUAGUCGUGAAUUCGUCUUUGCAUCAAAAGCCUUCAGCUCGCUCGCUUCACAAGAGCAAAUCCAGGAUCAACACAGACACAACACUCCUGAGUCAAUGGGGUGAAGUCAAGCUUAAGACAAAUGAAGUUAGAUCGUGGCUGAGGCGAC